AUGAUCUGCGACAAUGGUGAUGAAGAAGAGCUUCUUCCCUUCUGUGCUGGUGCUCAUCGUGAGUAUAGUCGUGAUCGCGAUCCGGCGAUGAUGAUCACUAGUGAAGCGGCAGCGGAACUAAGGUGUGGUUCUUAUAAGAAUGCCUCGCGACCCUGCAUGCCCUAUGUUCAAGGGAGCGCCGACGCCAAAACUACGCAGAGGAAGAAGGUAGCUAGAUGGCUGAAAAUGCGUCGCCGGCUCUGUUAA